AAGAAAGUACCCAUAAUAUACUUGUGAUAAGCGCCCGAAACACCGUACCUAUUAUCAGUAUAGUUUAUUCGUGAUGUGCGCGUUCGGCUCCAAACACCUGUUUUAUAUAAUUUGCUGUGUGUUAUCACAAUAUGUGACUACGAGUGCGGUUUACGAGGGUCUUGAUCACUUCGAUGAACACAGAAUAGAACUAACACCACUGCACAUAGACGCAAGUGUGGCCGAUAUAAUACUUAUAAAUGUGCCAGAAAUAUACAACCCCACUAUAUACUACUUAACCGACCCAGACGGGGACACUGUACCUUUGGACAUAACCUCAAAAACCACCAGAAUAGAAGAGAUUAAAAUUUCAGAAUUGGAAACCAAGUAUAAAAUCUUAGAUAUUAAUUUCGAUGAUUGCAUCAAUGAAGUAUGUAACAAGACGGAAGGUGUUGAUGAUGAUGAAUUUAUAAUAGGACCUCUGAGUGAAUAUGACCAUGGCAACUGGGUUUUGAGUGCAUAUGUAAAAGGCAAUGAAGGAUGGAUGGAGAUAUACCAAGUAAUUACAAUACAAAUAACUGUGCACAUGCCGAUAAAUCCAACUAAACCUAAACUAAACCGUGGAGAGACAUUUGAGCUCAGCCUAGCCUAUCCCAUAGAAGACCUAGAAUCUUGCGAAAUCGUAGCACCUAGGACUACCUUUGACAGGUCUUUCGAUCGGUCUAGAUCGAACCAAGACUCCUGCGGAUUUAUAAUAAGUAAUAUCACAAAGGCGGACGAAGGAGUAUGGAAGAUUAUUGCAGUCGGCAGAGUAGUAUACCAAUCGACAGUAUUUCUAGAAGUAAAUGAUGUUUUCUGACAA